GUGCAGCGCGAGCUGGAGGCCAAACGCCCGUGGGCGAGUGCGGUCACGGACGAAGGGUUGGAGGAGGACUUCAGCAUGCUGAAGAGUGCGCGGUGGAAUGCGGAGCUGGGUCGUGCUGUGCCGAGCUGGGCCAGUCCAAUGGAGCUGAUCAGGCGCGCCUUCUCCCCGACGUGGGUCAACGAGAGGGCCGUGGAAGCGGCGGGGGGGAGUGGGAUUACAGGGCGAGGUGGAGCAGCCGAAGACGCCGAAGUUCAGGCGAUGCGCGCGCUGAUGUUCGAGGCCAGGUCGGGGCUGGCACGGCCCAGGAGCUGGGCGAUGGCGAAAGCGGGUCGCAUUGGCAAUGGCACCGACAAGGUGGAGGCGGAGGCGACGUUGAAGAUGGCGGCGAUGAGGGCGAUGGCGGAGAAGGACGUCCCGCUGGUGAUGCUAAGGUUGGACCAUGCGCAUUCCGCGUUCGACUGCUCGCCCGAGGACGAGGUGCGGCGCCUGGGGGGGGCGGGGGGCAUGCCGGGGGGGCCAGCGACUGCGCGGCUGUUCGCGGUGGCGCACGCGCACGGGACGACGGGGAUGGAGGGGCGCGCGUUGACGCGGGCGGUGGGAUGGUCACCGCUCGAGGCCGAGGGCAAGACGCAGCUGGUGAUGACCCUGUGCGCUGACGACGUGGCGGGCGCUUUCUCUUCUGCAUCGAUGAAGGAGGCGAUCGGUAAGGGGUGGCCCAGAACGAAUAACGAAAGGGCGAGCGUGGCGCUGGAGAAGACGCACAUGGCCCAGAACGCGGAGAAGACCUUGUUCGGCGAGCAGGUGCUGCAGGGGCGCGCGGUGAUGGAGGCGAGGCACCUAGACCCGAGGAGAAUUGGCGCGAAAUUGGGGAACUGCCGGGCGCCGGGGGCGCCGCUCACGUGGAAGGCGAUCUUCUUCAGGGGCCGCGCGGCGAACGCGCUGUUGGCGGGGCUGGGGGCGAUUGCGAA